UGUUGAAGUAUAGAAAAUUGUUUGCUAAAAGUAAAGAAAUUAGAAAUAUGAUGUCUAGAUCUAAUUGAAACAUUAUUAAUUUUCUUUUGUUGCAAUGUCUAAACAAACUGUUGCAUAUUUUUAUGAUCAGGAUGUUGGAAACUUUCAUUAUGGCCAAGGUCAUCCAAUGAAACCUUACAGAAUAACAUUAACCCAUGGACUAGUUUUGCAUUAUGGUUUAUAUAAGAAAAUGAAGGUUUACAGACCAUACAGGGCAACUUUUCAUGAUAUGUGUCGAUUCCAUUCAGAAGAAUAUGUUGAUUUUUUACGAAGAAUUACUCCUCAAAAUGUUCAAGAAUUUACAAAAUGUCUGAGUAUGUUUAAUGUUGGAGAAGACUGUCCUGUAUUUGAUGGUAUGUUUGAUUUCUGUUCAAUGUAUACUGGAGCAUCUUUAGAGGGAGCUGUCAAGUUAAACAAUGAACAUUGUGACAUAGCAGUUAACUGGUCUGGAGGAUUGCAUCAUGCCAAAAAAUAUGAGGCAUCUGGUUUUUGUUAUGUCAACGAUAUUGUUAUAGCUAUUUUAGAAUUGUUAAAAUACCAUCCUAGAGUUUUAUAUAUAGAUAUUGAUAUACAUCAUGGGGAUGGCGUACAGGAAGCAUUUUACUUAACAGAUCGAGUCAUGACAGUUUCCUUUCAUAAAUAUGGAAAUUUUUUCUUCCCUGGCACAGGUGAUAUGUAUGAAUGGGGAUCAGAAAGUGGUAGAUAUUAUUCUGUUAAUGUUCCAUUGAAGGAAGGUAUAGAUGAUCAGACAUACAUGCAGAUUUUUAAACCGGUUAUACAAACAGUUGUAGAAUUCUAUCAACCUACUUGUGUCGUUCUACAGUGUGGAGCAGAUUCAUUAGGAAGUGAUAGAUUGGGUUGUUUUAAUCUCAGUAUAAAAGGUCAUGGUGAAUGUGUAAAGUUUGUAAAAGAUUUAGGUAUACCUAUGUUAGUGCUAGGGGGUGGUGGAUAUACUAAGAAAAAUGUUGCUCGGUGCUGGACUCAUGAAACAGCAGUACUUUUAGAUGAACAAAUCAGUAGUGAAUUACCUUUCUGUGAAUAUUUAGAAUAUUUUGCUCCUGAUUUUUCUUUGCAUCCAGACAUAUCAACAAAGCAGGAGAAUCUCAAUACAAAACAGUAUUUAGAUAGUAUCAGAAUGACAGUUCAUGACACAUUAAAAAAUCUAAGUCAUGCUCCUAGUGUUCAAAUACAGGAUGUCCCCCCAGAUCUCCUCAGUCUAGAAAAUACAGAAGAAACCGAUCCAGACGUACGCAAUCAUCAGGAUGAAGUAGACAAACGGGUUGAACCAGCUAAUGAAUUCUAUGAUGGAGAGAAGGAUAAUGAUAAAGAAAGUGAUGGAUUUAUCGAUGUUUAAUCAAAAUAAUGUUUGUCUUUAAUGGCAGCUUAUAUCAUUUCAUGAAAAAUAUAAUUAACAUUGUAAAUAUAUCAUCAUCCAGUCACAUAUUUAAUGUUCAUAUAUAUUUCAGUUUUCAUACAUUCAUUGUUAAAAUUGUUGUCACUAUCCCAUACUUUCAUUCCCGCAUUUAUUCAUAAUUACUAGUACGAAGGUACAUCGAACAGCAAAAUUUCUAAUUACAUAUUACCAUUUUAUUUAUUUGGACUUUUUCUUGUUGAUAAUCUAAAAAAUUAGGUAAGAUUACGCAAUCCCAAUGUGGAACACAUGCAAGACUAAAUAUCUGAUCAUCAUUUGCAGGAUUUUUCAGCCCAUGUAAACUACAAUAUUUUGAAAGUUGAUUCUCUAAAAGAAAUAUUGGUCCACAAAUGGUUCAAUUCUGUUCUGUAUUUCUACAUAUGAAUUGAAAAUAGUAAAAAAACAGCCAGAACCACUUAUAAUUUUUGCUGAAAUUGUUUGAAGGGUUUUCUUUUAAUCCAGUUGAAUCAAGGGCGGGAGAUCAUCUACCGUUAAUCUGAGCACAUAUUAGCCAGGGAUAAAAAGGAAAAAAAUAGAUAUUGUCCAAGAAAUGCUAAUGACGAUCACCGGCUUUAAACCUUUUACAACAGUUUGUAUUUUAUCUACUGGUUACGAACGAUUGGUCUUGACUUUGAUACAAAAGUUUUUAUCUAUUUAAUAGGUACUAUAUACUGACACAUGAAAACAUUUGGUAUUUCUAAGUGAUAAUUACCUGUUUGGUAAAUAUAUCAUAUACUAAUCUAUAUGGUGUCUGCAUGAAAAAGAAAUUUCAUGUUGUAAAAGGUUUUAAUUGUCUUGUUUGUAUGUAUGUUUACAAAUUGUAGUUGAAAAACAUUCUGUAUAUCACAUGUAAUGAAGAUUUUUAAAUAAUCUUUGGUAAGAAAAAAUCAUGUAAAACAUUAAUGUAGUAAAAUCAAUGUACAAAUUUUAUCAUUUUUAUUCUUGAAAGGAAAACGGGGGGGAAAUCAUUGAAAAGUGGAAGGGUCUGUUUUGAUUAGAAUAGAUAUUCUGUCUAUAUCUGUUGAUUCAGCUGAUUACAGAGAAAGGUUAAAAUUGGGUUCAAUGUCCACUAGCUCAUUUCGGGAUUGGCAUAUUGUACUAUUUUAUUUCUAUAAAUUUUUUGCUCUUA